AUGGCACAAUUCAAACGCCACCUUCGGGACCAAUGGAUAGCAGAAGACUGCGUGAGCACCGUUGACGACGACAAUGAUGACAACUGGAUGUCUCCCACCGCCAAGGUCAAUUGCAUUCGAUAG